UUUGUCCAAGCCCCGGUGGGAUUCUCGAGAAUAACAGGCUGGAGAAGAUGGUAUUGCACCUUCUGACACGCUGUCUCCAGGAUGUAGUGACCUUCUCCGAUGUGUCUGUGAACGUCACCCUGGAAGAGUGGCUGUCCCUGGACACCUCUCAGAGAAAGCUCUACAGGGACGUGAUGUUGGAGACAUACCAGCACCUGCAGGCCAUCGGGUAUUCCGGGGUGAAGCCUGUGGUGAUCUCCUGGCUGGAAGGAGGAGCCCUGAGACCGGGGAGCAGAGGCGUUUGUGCAGAAGUUCAACCACAGCUUCAGAAUGUGGCACUGCCACAGUUUGAUUUGGAAAAGUCAUCGAAUAAGCAUGAACUGGGAAGCAGCCAGCCCCAGUGGAAUGUCUCUGAUCCUGUGCACUGGAACAAAUUCUUGCGUGAACAAUCCUACCUUCAUCCCCAUGGAGAUGCCGAGACAGGCAGGAUAUCCUCUGAGGGUGUUCGGAAGGAAGGGAGUGACCUCGCUCCAAAGAAGCCCUCCCCUUUGAGAAGCUCCUCACAGUCUAUUCUGCACAUACCUCGAGCCCAACACCCCCUACUGGCACAGCCCAUGGACUGUGGGAGAGGAGCACUGUUAAUAGUGAAUCCUUCUCACCGACAGGCCCACAAGCAAAUUCACUAUGUACUGAAUCCGUCCAAGUGUAAGAAUUUUGAGGGAGGCUUCCCAUGUUCUCGGCAUCCUGGUGUUCCUUUAGAAAUUCUCAGUGGAGAGAAAUUCCAGGAAUGUCAGCAGCGAGGAGAAAUGUUGAGUCAAGGGUUACCCCAUUGUGACCAUAUUCGUGUAACUGCAGGAAAGAAACCACAUGUCUGUGAAGAAUGUGGGGAGGCCUUCGAUCGAUACUCAGAACUUACUUCACAUAGGAGAAUUCACACUGGAGAGAGACCUUAUGUUUGUAAGGAAUGUGGGAAGGCUUUCUCUCAAGCAAGGGAACUUACUAUGCACAGGAAAAGUCAUAGUGGAGAGAUACCUCAUCAGUGUCAGACAUGUGGGAAGGCCUUCAUUGACCACUUCCACCUUAGUAAACAUAUGGAAAUUCAUAGUGGAGAGAAUCCUUAUCUAUGUGAGGAAUGUGGGAAGUCCUUUGUUUUUCCCUCAGUCCUUACUGUUCAUAUGAGAAUUCAUACUGGAGAGAAACCUUAUGUUUGUAAGGAAUGUGGGAAGGCCUUUAUUAAUGCCUCAGGCCUUACUCUUCAUAUGAGAACUCACACUGGAGAGAAACCUUAUGUUUGUAAGGAGUGUAAAAAGGCCUUUGCUCUAUUUUCACAACUUAGUAAGCACAGGAAAUAUCAUAGUAAAGAGAAACCACAUAAAUGUCAGACAUGUGAGAAAGCCUUCUCUCAUCGCUUUCGCCUUACUGAGCAUAUGAAAAUUCAUACUGGAGAGAAACCAUAUAUAUGUCAGGAGUGUGGGAAGGCCUUUAGAAAUUCAUCACAACUUACUGUACAUAGGAGAGUUCACACUGGCGAGAAACCAUAUGUAUGUCAGGAGUGUGGGAAGGCCUUUACUAAAUCCGCAAAACUUUUUGUACAUAGGAGAGUUCACACUGGAGAGAAACCAUAUAUAUGUCAGGAGUGUGGGAAGGCCUUUAUUAAACCUGAACAACUUUCUGCACAUAGGAGAGUUCACACUGGAGAGAAACCGUUUAUAUGUAAGGAAUGUGGGAAGGGUUUCACAUUCCGAUCAGGCUUUUAUAGACAUAUAAAAAUUCAUACUAGAUGACUUGAUCUCCUAAGGUCAAAAUAGGCCCCGUGGUACAGCGAUUUUUAUUUAGAUAAUGGAAUCAGGGGUGCUACAAAUAUACACCCAAGAAGAACAUAAUCCUGCCUCCAUGGGACUACCUUCCCAUGAGGUCAG